AUGGAUGCCCUUCAACGAUUUCUUUACGGAUUCCCCGAACCAGCACUACACAAGCGCAGCAGGCCCGUCCAGGUUCUGUGUCUAGGCCUGCCGCGCACUGGGACCGAGUCAUUAAGCGUGGCCUUGCGCACCCUAGGCCUGGAGACUUAUCAUGGCUGGGAUGUGGUCUUUGAGCCGGAUGGUAGCAAGCUUCAACACCUCCAAAAGCUAGUGCGGCGAAAAUACAACGGCAUCAAUGGUGGUGACGUGCAUAUCAGCAGCGCCGAGUUCGACAUUGUCCUCGGCGACCACCAGGCCGUGAUCGACUCCCUGCCGGCAUUUUUUGCCCCCGAGCUGCUCGCUGCCUACCCGGACGCUAAAGUGAUCCUUAACCUUCGCCCUGACGUGGACGCCUGGCACCGUAGCGUCGAGAAGACCAUCGUCCAGAGCGCCGACCAACCCUGGUCUCUAUGGGUGAUGCACUGGUUCUCCGCAGAGUUGUUCUGGCUCUAUAGUCUAUACUUAGGCUAUGGGUAUCCUGCCGUGUUUCGCAGCCUCACUGGUAGCACUAAGGACGGCGUCCAACGGAACAGUAAAUGGGUCUAUCGCGAUCAUUGUAACAUGGUUCGGGGCAUGGUGCCCAAGGAAAAAUUGCUGGAGUGGUCUGUGGAAGAUGGCUGGGAGCCUCUGUGCAAGUUCCUUGAAGUGCCCGUUCCGAACGAGCCUUUCCCCAAAACAAACAACCCAAGCAAUUUCGCCGACCGCACAGAUAAAGUUAUUAAGCAGCGCAUGAUCCGAGUCCUGCGCAACAUGUUACUUACCACCGCUACUUUGGGCGGGAUCUCCACCGCAGCUGUGAUGUGGUGGCAAGGACGGAUCCCAGAGGUCACGCAGAGGCUGGGCGAUUUAUUCGGGGGAUUUAUCAAGUUGGGCUACAACUAA